AUGCCAUGCUCAGCGCACCUACUGCGCCUGCGUGACAGCCGACACGCCCUUCACGACAUCCCCCGCCAUGCCGUGACAUAUUCCUCUCGCCAAAUCCGCCAUCGCUUCGAUAAUGCAAGGCUGGUUGCACGCGAGAGAGAAGCAGUACGGCAAAGAGCGCGGUUAGAUGCUUUGGCACGCCUCGACGAACACAUCAAACCCGACGACUUGUCGGCCACACUCGAAGCACAUCGAGAUGCAAAUCGCGCUUCCGUCAUUCGUAGAGUCAACACUGCAACCGAUCCUGAGGUCGCACGCCCUUCUUUUCUGGAGAAUCGGCCGCCACUGGUUAGACGCACAACAGAGGCCAGAAACAUAGAACCUCUGGAAGACAAACCCGCUCGGACACAAUUCAACAAGAUUGUCACAGACAUCUCCAGCACCGCAGACGAUGCUACAUCCUUCCAAUUGAGGUCUCUCAACAGGGCCGCAGAAUUUGCCAAAGCGAACAAGAAUGCACCGUCGAUAAUGAGUCGAAGCCGAGCUCAGUACCUUCGAUGGCUCGACUUUCUUAGGGAGCACGAGGAGCCUCUUGGAGAAUUGCCAAAGUUCAGUACUACUACCGACGAUCGUCCUACCUUUUUCGCCGUCUUGCGUAGAGUUCAUGCUCUCCUUCGUCCAGACGUGGUCGCUGCCGAAGCUAAGCCCGCCUCAGACCGAAUACCGAAAGACUUCACCGACUACACCGGCUUUCCCCGAGGCAUCAUAUCUGGACUGAAGGGUUCUGGACGACAAGAGCCCUGGGCUCGUCGACCAAAACAUAACGGCAUCAAGUACACAAUGACAGAGUGGCUCGACGCCGAACUACUGAAUUUCGCCCAAUGGAUGGAAACGACGCCGGCAGAGAACGCCGCGAGAGCAAAGCUUUCGGAAACUCUGCUUGAUUUGAUCAAACAAGUAGAUCCAGCUUUACAGGUUGAGACGUUUGGCUCUCAAGCCACCGGCCUCUCCAUGCCCAACUCGGACAUUGAUAUCCGCAUCGUUGAUCCAGCAGUCGAUAACCACCCAUAUCAAGGCGACUCCGAAGAUAAAGAAGCAAAAAGAGCCUGGGCAAUAGAGACUUCGAGGUUGCGGAAAUCAAUCAUGAUCUUCCACCUCCGCGACAUCCAAUCCGCAUUAGCUAAGCACAAAGACUUUGAAAAGAUCGAAAGCAAUGAAUCAGCCUUCGUCCCUCUGAUCAAAGCAGUUCACAAACACACAGGCCUGAAGAUUCAGAUUGUGGCUUCAAAGGACACGAGCGCUUCUCGAGAUGCCAUCAAAAAGUAUCUUGCUGAGUAUUCGACACUGGAACCAGUGUUCAUGGUUCUCAAGACCACAUUGCAUCUCCGCAAUCUCUCAGACCCUUGGUACGGUGGGGUUGGCUCAUACACUCUAUUCAUGAUGUGCGUAGCAGCCCUGAAGCACUCGGACGCACAACAGCAAGAAAAGCAAGAACAGGAACAAAACUCAAACAACGCCCUCUACCACUCGCUCAAACAGCGUUCUCUAUCCCACGACUUCCUCCACACCCUCAACUUCUGGGGCAACAUCGACACGACAAAGGUGGCCGUAUCCGUGGAUCCCUUCGCCGUGUUUGCAAAGAAAGUAAGACAGGAUUGGAGGGACCUUAUAGCCAGAAAAACCGACAAGUCCCUCUUCGCCCGCCACCACCUCGCCGUCCCUCAUGCCAAAAAACCAUAUAUCCUCCACCUCCAAGACCCCGCUGAACCAUACAAUAACUUGGGUCGUUCAGCUCUCGCCAUCAAAGACAUACAAGCCACCUUUUCAAAACUCUACGAUGAUUUGCUUUGGGAGAUGCAGGAUCCUGAGAGAAGACAGGAUGGUAGUCCACUCAUCAAAGCUUUCGUGGGCAAGAGUGAGAGGUAUUAUGAUGAAAUGAGGAUUCCGGUGGAUUUGUGGGGAGGGCAGUUCGUAGAGGAAGUGAUGGAGGAAGAGGAUGGGUUGGAAGACGGGAUAGAUGAGCCGAGGGAUGUGACAGAGAAGCGUCAGCAACGUGUACUGGAGGAGGGUCCUUAG